GCCAAAAAGAGACGCGACUUUGAACUAGAACUAGAAAUGGGAGAGGUUAUAGACGAAGAGAAAUCUAGUCCAUGGAUGGAAAGGCGGCAGCCGGCUAUCACGCCGCCACCACUUCAACUCCAUUGCCCAUCCAUGGCUCGAUCUCCGCUGCUUGAUUCGGUUCCAAAAACCCCCAGGAGUCCCUUCCCGGCAAGGUUGAUGACUCCUUUAGCCAGCCCCAUGAAGAAGGCAAUUGCCAGCGUGCAAGGUUACUUGGAAGAAGUUGGACACUUGACCAAGCUUGACCCUCAGGACGCUUGGCUUCCCAUUACCGAGUCAAGAAAUGGCAACGCCUACUACUCGGCGUUCCACACACUGAGCUCCGGAAUUGGAUUUCAAGCACUUGUUCUUCCUCUUGCUUUCACUUCCCUAGGCUGGACGUGGGGAAUUGCAUGUUUAUCACUGGCAUUUAUUUGGCAGCUAUACACUCUAUGGUUACUGAUUCAGCUGCAUGAAUCAGAGUCUGGGAUAAGAUACAGCAGAUACCUGCGACUUUCCAUGGCAGCUUUUGGAGAAAGAUUAGGGAAACUGCUUUCUCUUUUUCCGAUCAUGUAUCUAUCAGGCGGCAGCUGUGUGACCCUGAUCAUGAUCGGAGGUGGGACCAUGAAAAUAUUUUUCCAGAUCGUCUGUGGCGAAGUAUGCACUGUAAAACAUCUCAGUCUCGUGGAGUGGUACCUGAUUUUUGCUUGCUCCGCAAUCAUUCUCGCUCAACUUCCCAACCUCAACUCCAUAGCCGGCGUUUCACUGAUCGGAGCAGUCACCGCAGUUUGCUACUGCACACUGAUAUGGGUCGUCUCGGUUAUCCAGGGUAGACCUACGGAGGUGUACUACAAAACACCCGAGGUAGAAUCAGAACCGGCUGGAGUUUUCAUGGUUUUUAAUGCACUUGGGAUAAUUGCCUUUGCCUUUAGAGGCCAUAAUCUUGUGCUUGAAAUACAGGGAACAAUGCCUUCUAGUAGAGAGCACCCUUCUCGUUUGCCAAUGUGGAAAGGAGUGAAGUUUGCUUAUUUGAUUAUUGCCAUGUGCUUGUUUCCUCUCGCAAUUGGAGGCUAUUGGGUUUAUGGAAAUUUGAUACGCACAAAUGAAGGGGUGUUAACUGCAUGGUACAAAUACCACCGUCACGAUACGUCGAAAGUGCUUCUGGGAUUAGCAUGCCUGCUAGUGGUCAUAAACAGCCUGAGUUCAUUCCAGAUAUAUGCAAUGCCAGUUUUUGACAAUUUGGAGUUCAAAUUAUACAUAAGCAAAAGGAAUGGACCAUGCCCGAAGUGGGUGCGAUCAGGGAUCAGGGUUUUAUUUGGAUUCUUUGCGUUCUUCGUGGCAAUAGCGCUGCCGUUCUUACCGAGCUUAGCUGGGUUGAUCGGAGGGAUUGCACUACCAAUCACCUUGGCGUAUCCUUGCUUGAUGUGGGUUUUAAUCAAGAAACCAAAGGAAUAUAGUCCAUUUUGGUGGCUCAACUGUGUUCUAGGGAUUUCAGGGCUGGUCCUCAGUGUUUUGGUGGUUAUGGGAGCAAUAUGGAGCUUAGUGACUUCGGGAAUAGAAGCAAACUUUUUCAAGCCCAAGUAGUAGCUCAAGCCUCAAAGAAUUAGAAACGAAAAAAAGCCCACAGACUGGCUUGGCAGAUCCCGUGUACGAUAUUGUAUUGUGCUACUAAUAUCAGCUGAAAAUCAACUUCUAACAUGUAU